AUGUGUAAGCACAGCGAAACCGACAAAGACGCAGAGCAGGACCGAGCAAAGACACAGAGCGAAAUCGACAAAGACGCAGAGCAGAACCGAGCAAAGACACAGAGCGAAACCGACAAAGAUGCAGAGCAGAACCGAAGCAAGGACACAGAGCAGAACCGAAGCAAAGACACAGAGCAGAACCGACAAAGACCUUAA